GGCGCGCUCGGGCCUGGAGCGGCGGCGGCGGCGGCGGCUGCGGCGGCGCGCGCGGUCCGGGGCCCGGUCCGGUCCGGCCCAGAUGGAGGGGCCGGGCACCGCGGCGGGGGAUGUGUCCCUGCACAACUUCAGCGCCAGGCUGUGGGAGCAGCUCGUGCACUUCCACGUCAUGCGGCUGGCGGACUCGCUGUUCCUCUGGGUGGGCGCCACGCCGCACCUGCGCAACCUGGCCGUGGCCAUGUGCAGCCGCUUCGACUCCGUCCCCGUGGCCACCUCCCUCUUCGGAGACGCAUCCGACCCAGCGUCCACAGGCCUGGCGCAGCGCCUCGCCAGGAAGACCCGCAAGCAGGUGUUCGUCAGCUACAACCUCCCCACCGCCGACAGCGGCGUCACGCUGCUCGUGGAGAACAGGAUCAAGGAGGAGAUGGAGGCCUUCCCGGAGAAGUUCUAGCCGCGCUGCUGGCCUGAAUAAACGAUGCUCUCUCACCCACUGACCCCA